GCGCGAGAUUGCGUUUGAGAAAAGCGCGUGCGUUUGAGUGGAAAAUUUUUUUGGUGAAAGUGUUGGGUUUUCCGUGCUGAGCCACCCCCUUGCAAAAAUUUCUUCACAUCUCACACGGGUGGCAUUGAGAGGGUUUUCUUACUCUGCGGAAUUGUUGUUGAGUGUACAGGCGGAAUAGUGAGUGACACGCGUGAGUGGGUGAAGAGUGCACGGGGGUACAGGAAGAAGAAGGAUAAAACCACCAGAUAAUGUUCCCUGGAAUGCAGAUGGAUCCCUAGGAGGCACCACUCUGCCAGCCUUUGCAGCAAAGGCAGCAAACGUGUGCGUCCUAGAGACGUUGGUGGUUGAGUAAGAUUCCCCCGCACAGCAUGGCCUCGGUCGCCGCUUGGCUGCCAUUCGCCAGGGCGGCGGCCAUCGGGUGGGUUCCCAUUGCUACGCACCCCCUGCCUCCGCCGCCAAUCCCAAAGGAUCGUCGUAAAUCGGAUGAUGAGAAGCUCAUUGUUAAUGUUUCAGGGAGGCGCUUUGAGACGUGGCGGAAUACGCUCGAGAAGUACCCAGAUACGCUGCUAGGCUCAAAUGAGCGUGAAUUCUUCUACGAUGAGGAAGUGCGUGAGUACUUCUUUGACCGUGAUCCAGACAUCUUUCGGCACAUUCUCAACUACUACCGCACGGGGAAGUUGCACUACCCGAAGCACGAAUGCUUAACGAGCUACGACGAGGAGUUGGCUUUCUUUGGGAUCCUCCCGGAUGUAAUUGGAGAUUGCUGCUAUGAAGACUAUCGGGAUAGGAAGCGUGAGAAUGCGGAGCGGCUGAUGGAUGACAAAUUGUCGGAGAAUGGGGACCACAAUCUGCAACAAUUGACAAAUAUUCGCCAAAAGAUGUGGCGGGCUUUUGAAAAUCCGCACACUUCGACGGCCGCGCUGGUGUUUUACUACGUAACCGGCUUCUUCAUUGCCGUGUCCGUGAUGGCGAACGUUGUGGAAACGGUGCCAUGUGGUCGACGUCCCGGGCAUGCUGGUACGUUGCCAUGCGGGGAACGCUACAAGAUUGUCUUCUUCUGCCUCGAUACAGCAUGUGUGAUGAUCUUCACAGCUGAGUACUUGCUGCGUCUCUUCGCAGCGCCAGAUCGUUGCAAAUUCGUCCGCAGUGUCAUGUCGAUCAUUGACGUUGUGGCCAUACUGCCCUACUACAUCGGUCUCGGCAUCACGGACAACGACGAUGUUUCCGGUGCGUUUGUGACUCUGCGCGUCUUCCGGGUGUUUCGCAUCUUCAAAUUCUCACGCCACAGCCAAGGACUCCGUAUCCUCGGCUACACACUCAAAUCCUGCGCCAGUGAGCUUGGCUUCCUCGUGUUCUCCCUGGCCAUGGCGAUCAUCAUUUUCGCCACGGUGAUGUUCUAUGCCGAAAAGAAUGUCGAUGGCACCAAUUUCACCUCCAUUCCCGCUGCAUUUUGGUACACAAUUGUCACAAUGACGACCCUUGGGUACGGUGAUAUGGUACCUGAGACAAUUGCGGGGAAGAUUGUUGGUGGUGUGUGCUCCCUCAGUGGUGUGUUGGUCAUUGCACUGCCUGUGCCCGUUAUUGUCAGCAACUUUAGUCGCAUUUAUCAUCAAAAUCAACGGGCGGACAAGAGAAAGGCGCAGAGGAAAGCCCGUUUGGCACGUAUUAGGAUUGCAAAAGCAUCCUCGGGAGCGGCAUUUGUUAGCAAAAAGAAAGCAGCUGAGGCCAGGCUAGCUGCUCAGGAGAGUGGCAUAGAAUUGGAUGACAAUCUCCGUGAGGAAGAUGUGUUUGAGUUGCAGCAUCAUCAUCUACUGCGCUGCCUAGAGAAAACUACGGAUCGAGAAUUUGUGGAGCUAGAUAAUCCCUACAAUGGCGCCCCAAAGCGAGCUGGCUCACCUAGCCCAAUGGCCAGCCCGGCACAUUCAACUACCAGCACUGCCGGGCUACUGCAGUCCUGCUGUGGUCGGUGCUGCUUCCAGCGAUAUCAGCAAUGCCAAAGAUUUAGAAGAAAUAUUUAGGUGUGGUAGAACGUGAUGAGCUAAAAAUAAGUAAAAUAAUAAAAAAAAAACAUUAAGAAAAGAAGAAAAAAUUAUCAAAAGACAAACAUAUUAUACCCUCCUUCCUUGCUUCGUGGCCAACGGAUUUAUUUAGCUGGUGCAGAGGCGGCGGACCAGCUGCAAUCGGCGUAUCCUCAAGUAGACAGUUGAGAGGGUCAACUCCCCACUAAUGAGGCGUGUGGUGUGUGUAGGCCCGAAAUGUGCCAAAAAAGACUCAAAAGCAAAACCCAAAAGAAGCCUGAGUCGCCGCAGCUGCAAAUGGGGCUGAAAAAAACUCAAAGAGACAGACACAUGCCCCCGUAGACCGAAAGCCACAAAGCCGCCCACACAACUUUCCCUUCCGAGCCCUACCCCCUAGGACCUCCUAAUAUUGUGGUUUCUGUGUCAUAGUGUAGUCGAUAUAUAAAAAAAAAUGUGUAUAAACAAAAUGAAAGAAAAAAAAAGAUAUUUUCCAUGAGAAAUUAACAAAUUGGAUUGUAGGUUAAAUAAAUUUAAAAAAAAAGAAUCCUGUUAAAGAAAUCAAAAUUAUUAAAAAAAAAAAAACAAAUGAAAAUCUAUUCGUAUAUUUAUUCUCUUCGAUUUUAAUUCGUUUUUAAUUAAUAAAAGAAAAUUAUUAUUAUAAAAAAAAAUAAUUGGCUAUUUAGUAAAAAUUAAUAAAUUGAAUUUCCUUACAAUUCACAAACAAAAUUGUACAAUAACUUAAUGACAAUGGACAUUAAAUCAUCGAUUAGAGAAAUUAAAAAAAGGCCUUCUUCCUUUCUCUCUGUGCAUCCCAUUUUUUGGUGUUUAUUCUCCCUGUUUUUUAGAAUGUAGGUGUGAUCCAUUUUCUCUCUCUUUCUAUACUAAAAGAAGGAAUCCUCAAUAUUUUUCAUUCCACAUCACAUUUGGAUAAUAAAAAUUAAAAAAAAAUUGUUUUUUUUUUAUACAUAAAAAGGAGUUUUUAAGAUUAUUUAUUUAAAAAAGAAAUAUUUCUUAUCUAAAGGAGAAUUAAGGAGAUGGUAAAAGUUUCAACAAAAAAAUAUUUUAAUUGACAAUUUCAGAGUCUUAGAAAUCAUUCCUUUAAUUUUUCAGUUUAGCAAAAAAAAUCAUGAAAUAAAACUAAUUUUUGGAUUCAAAAAUUAAAAAAAAUCGUCAUUUAAGAGAAUUUUCUUAAUUUUCAUUCAAUAAUGAAUUCUCAAAGAAAUAUUUUUUUUUUUAAUACAGAAAAUGAAUAAUCUUAAAUUUAUUCCUUAGAUAGAAUCCCUGUUUUUUCUCGUUCACCCCUCACACUCACACAUCCGUUGCUCUCUCCACACACACAACAACACUUAAACUUUGUUUUUCAAUUUUUUUUCGUUGUUUGAUGUUAAGUAUAAAAAUCACAAAAGUAGAUUUGAAUUUUUUACCUGCAAAUGCGAAAUAUUUUUUUAAAUAAAUAAAUUUUCUUUUUUUCUUUGUAUCUGUCGCAGGCAUUUCGCAAAAGCAAUAUGAAAGCCAAAAAUCAGAAACAAUGCAAAGAACUUACUUAGAACAGGACUUAGAGAGAACAAAACAUUAGUAAUGAUGCGAUGUAAUAGCCCAGUCAAUUUAGAGAGAAAAAACAAAAUAAAAGUGUGUUGCGUAGAUGUAGGAUGGAAAGUUAAUUAAAAGAAAAAGAAAGUGAAACAAAUUCUAGAAUUUCAAAGAAAAAAAUAUUUACUAAAGGAAGCAAAAUAACUUUUAGCUCCCCAAAAAAAUAUCUCUUUACUUUCCUCCCAAAAAGAAAAUUAUUAAGAAAAAAAGAACAAAACGGUGUCUUAUUGAAUCAAAAAAAAAAAGAUAUUAAAAAAAUAACAUUUCAAAAAAAAUCUUAAUUCUAUCCUUGUUAGAUGAUAAACCAAUCAAUAAGAGAAAAAAAACACUAAAAGAAUUAUUAAUUAAUAUUAACUAGAAAUAUUUAAAGAAAGAGAAGAAGCAAAAAAAAAUUAACAGAGUGUUGUUUGACGUAGUCGCGAAUGUCGCGAAAAUAUCAAUUAGAAAAAGAAUUAUGUGGUGAAAAAAGGAAUGAAAAAUACAGGAUUUUACUCACACUAAUAUUGCCCAAAAUUUGUUGCUAAUUUUUCUUUCAAUUUCCCUCAAAUAAUCUCCUUGCUGAUGUUUUACAUGGGAAACUUUUAUUCCUUUUGUGAGAUCUUCAAUGGUACUAAAAUUCCUCCGAAGGAAGGAACUCUAUCCGACUAACAGUUUUGGUUUAUUUAUUUUUUUAAUUUAAACAAAAAUCUAUUCCCAUUUAACCCAGAUAUAGCUUGAAAAAUUCGCUUAAAAAGUUCUUAAAAUCAGUCUUUAAUCAAAUUCUUGCACCUUAUGGCAUUUCAUUCUUUAAUUUUAAUGCGACUUUUAUUCUCUAAAAAUUAACAAUAGUAAAGGAAAAUUAAUUAUAGUACAAUAGAUAGAGGACAUAUCUGGGUUAAAUGUACAAAGGUUUUUUUUUUAACUUUGUCCAGAUUCAAAUAAAAAUUUUACUUAAUUCAAUAAGAAAAAACUUUAUUUUUUCAAUUUAAAUAAAAAGACCAUUAUUUUUAAAUAAUUUCAAACCUUUAAAACUCUUUUAAUUUCUUUUGAUUUUGUGGGUGAAAAUAUAUAGGGAUCAUUGGAAAGGAAGAACGAUUCACCUUAAUUCUGCUCUGAAACAAUCAACUUUCUCUACGUACUUCAUAUAGCUCUUAAGUUUCUUUCUAUUUCUUUAAUUUUAAAAAAUUAUUAUUUAAACAAAAUUUUGUAUUUCCAAAAAUCUUUUCAAUAAAUUGUUGUUUUCCUAUUAUUGUUGAAAA